UGGACCUACAUCCUCAAUGGCUGUCACAUGGUGCCCAGAAUGUGAUGAAAAAUUAUGCGACGAAUGUUCCCACAGGCAUCGCCUUUCAACAAUUACAAAAAAGCAUAGUGCUGUUCCUAUAGUGAACUCUAAACUGCUUUCCAUGAUUCGUGAGACUAGGGUUUUCUGUAAGGAACACAACGAAAAGUUAAAAUUAUACUGCCGCAACCAUGAACUUCCUUUGUGCAAAAAGUGUAUACUAACCACACAUAGAAAUUGCGAAAAUACUGCUAUACUGACCGAAGCUGCUAAAAAUGUAAAAACAUCAACAGCAAUGUACUCUUUACUGAAAGAACUGAAGGGUGUUAUAAGUAAUCUUGAAAAAGCGGCAAACGACCGAGAAACGAAUCUUAUCAGCAUUAAUAAAGACGAAGAACGCAUUAAGCAAAGAAUUCCAACUAUGAGAGAUCAACAUAAAGUUUCAAAAAAAUUGGCUAUGGUCUCAAAAAAAUCUCGAAACGAAUUAAGAGAUAUAAUAAAGGACUUGCGAGAAAGAGAAGACAAAAUGCUCAAGUUAGAAAAGAGCAUAACAGACAUUAACAAAUAUGCUACAGACAUACAUGCACUUGUGAGCAUGCGUGAAAUCGAGAAAAUGGUUCACGAUGAAGAGCAAUAUCUCAAUAACAUUUACAGCGAAGGUACAUUAGAUCGAAUCAAUAUUUCUGUUACAAGAAGCAAGGAUGGAAAAACAUUUGAAGAACUUGAAAAUUUCGGAGAUAUUACUGUUAAGAAAGCAACACCUACAAUUGAAAUUGCAAAAGACAUUCGGGGUCAGAUGCCCAUGCCGCGCUCGUCGGCGUACGAUAAUGUCAAAUUUCAAAUAAAAAAACAAUUUAGCGACAUUAGAAGGAAAGAACAUAUAACCGGGUGUUGUGUUCUUCCUGGCGGAAAGAUCGUUCUGGCUGAUAAUUUUGGAGAACUCACUAUCCUGGAAGUGAAUGGUAAUAGUCUAAAAUUUCCGAUACACAGAGCUAUAUUCGAUGUAUGCGCCAUCGGUAAAAAUACAGUCGGUUUAACCACCGGCAUGGAUCGCUCUCUUCAUAUAAUAGAUAUAAAUAAAAUAACAGUUACGAAAAUUACUGAUACCACAAACUUCUGCUGUGGAAUAGCUUAUCGCGACGAUAAAAUUAUAGUUUGUGUGAAAUGUGAAGGUAUUUUCACAGUGACCCUUAAAAUGACUUACCCUAAACUCAUUUUCGCAGACAAUUUGCCAUGGGGAUCAUAUGUCACCACUUAUGAGGACAUUAUCUGUUUUACAAACAACAGGGAGAGAAAUGUUUCUGUAAUUAAUUCCGAGGGUCAGAUCAUUUGGAAAAUAAAGUUUGAACAAUAUAAACCUUUUGGCAUUGCAGCUGAUAACAUGGGAAAUAUAUACAUUGCAGGACACAUCUUUCUGGUGGUUAUUGCAAGUGAUGGAAAAAGAAAAAAACGACUAGACGGUGAGCAGGACGGUUUGUUCCAGCCUUGGCAUGUAGCUUAUGACAAAGAAAAUAAGAGCAUCAUUGUCGCCAAUCUUGUCGAAGGUCCAGUUUUUGUUUAUAGUCAAAUCUAACAAAAUAUGAAUUCAACUACAAUUAUACUCA